UAUGCGAACAAAAUUCAUUAUUUCUGGAAUCUUGGUUUGGAUAACUCUCAAUUUGAGUUGCAAUGAUGCGGUCGUAUUUAAGUUUACGAAUGCAGUUUGCGAGAGCUACAACAAGUCGUGGAUAGUCAUAAAUAAUUGUCGACUGCAUGCAAUCAGCCGGAAUAAGACAGUUUUUAAUUUUAAUGGAACGGUUCUGUAUCCGUGUAACGAUAUCUUUAUUGAGGCUCAAAUUUUCAAGAAAGCAAACGGUUAUAAACCAUGGCUUUUUAAAACGAAUGUAGAUGCUUGUCGAUUCGUCAAGAAAUCGUAUAUUCCCGUUGCUAUUUUGGUUUACAACCUGUUUAAGGAGUUCUCUAAUGUUAAUCACACGUGUCCUUAUGUGGGUGACCAGGUAGUAGAAGGAUUUUAUCUACGUCCUGAGUUAUUGGGCCUGACAAUGCCAACAGGUGAUUAUUUAUUGGCAAUGACUUGGUUAUUUAAUAAGAAAAAAACAUUAAUUACAAAUAUUUAUUUUGCGUUUAAAGAAGAUUUGUGA